AUCAUGUUGUUUGAGGUAUCACUGAAGCAACUCCGACAGAUGAUCAUCUACGACAACACCAACCCCAGCAGCGGGAUCUCAAUACCGAGACAUGGUCAGAGGAAGAAACCUCGUGUGUCUUUUGUCCUCGUCCGCAUCUAGCGAGUCUUACAGCCAGUCACGGCCCGACCCAAUCCAAGCUGCCGCUUCCAAUUCAUCGACAACGUACCCCUCACAUACCAUCCAACUCAAAGCUCCCAGCAACCCCAAUACCACGUACAUCGCUCCCAAACUCGAAGACAACAAUACGAUCCUUGAACCAAAAACAUUGAACGACAUCCCUCCAUCCCUUACAGAUCCUCAAGUCAAACACAAAAGAAAUUGCCCAACAUCAAAGAAAAAUCAAAAAGAACGAGAGUUAAUGGUGAUCAGCUCUCGCGCAGUGCCAACACUGUGGAUCGAACACAGGAUCCCCGCAUUACAAGUGCGAUGCCUUACCACUUGGCCAUGCUGGCGAGUUGUGCGAUGCAUCGGCGAAUCCGCACGAGCCAUCAUGACUCCCUCCUCACAGCUAGGCACCCUCCCUCCGCAGGCGGGUCAUCGCGUCCGACCUCACUUCAAUGCCUGCGUUCAUACUGAGAAACAGGUUUUCUUAUUUCUUACUUCCCAGUUCCCAGGUUUUCGAUCUGCGCUGACUAGCCACUGCUAUCUCGAUUGCUGGAUCCCAAAUAGGAUACUCGAGACCACCUGGACCAAGUACUUUACCUCGGAAUUUCAUCACGCAAGAUCUAGUUUCCGGUUUAACAUACCACGCGCCUACCUCGGUCAGAAAAUUGGCAAGACCCCAAUAUCAUCUUCUUCAACGCCCAAAAGUUUUCCGAGAAUGACACAUGCCGGCAGCCGCGGUAGUGAAGGCAAGCGUGGCCGGAUGUAAAUGCUCGCUCUGAGAAUCGGGCCCAUAUAGUAUAGUAUGCUGCCGUGGCUUCUCGAGUUGUCACCAGCUGUCGAUAGUGUUAUUGUGAUUUUCAACCUUUUUGCAAAAGCAUCGUGAAUAGACAUGAGUAUGAACAAGAGCCGGGGCCCAGUGA